GGUGUGACUCGAGCCAGGGAGGAGGGGCUAAAUACAUUCAAGAAGCCUGUUAUAGCAGUUCUGUACUCCAGCACAGCAGAGAGCGCCGGGAGCCCGAGGGGAGCGCAUCGAGUUCUGGCCUGUGGUCGUGCAGUCCAGGGGGCUGGAUGGCAUGCUGGACCCAAGCUCACCUCAGUGUCUGGGCCCAAUAAAGGCUUUGCCAAGGACGCAGCUUUCUAUCCUGGCCACUCAGAGGUGCAUAGCGUAAUGUCCAUGUUGUUCUACACUCUGAUCACAGCGUUUUUGAUCGGCGUACAGGCAGAACCCUACACAGAUAGCGAUGUCCCAGAAGGAGACUCCGUCCCCCAAGCCCACUGGACUAAACUUCAGCAUUCCCUUGACACAGCCCUCCGCAGAGCCCGCAGCGCCCCUGCUACCCCAAUAGCUGCCCGCGUGACAGGACAGACCCGCAACAUCACUGUGGACCCCAGACUGUUUAAGAAACGGAGACUCCGUUCACCCCGCGUGCUGUUUAGCACUCAGCCCCCACCCACCUCUUCGGACUCUCUGGAGCUGGACUUCCAGGCCCAUGGUACAAUCUCCUUCAACAGGACUCACAGGAGCAAGCGCUCGUCCACCCACCCCGUCUUCCACAUGGGGGAGUUCUCAGUGUGUGACAGUGUCAGUGUGUGGGUUGGGGAUAAGACCACAGCCACGGACAUCAAAGGCAAGGAGGUGACAGUGCUGGGCGAGGUGAACAUCAACAACAGUGUGUUCAAACAGUACUUUUUCGAGACCAAGUGCCGAGCCCCCAAUCCCGUGGAGAGUGGAUGCCGGGGCAUUGACUCCAAGCACUGGAACUCUUACUGCACGACAACCCACACUUUUGUCAAGGCAUUGACAACAGACGACAAGCAGGCUGCCUGGAGGUUCAUCCGGAUAGACACAGCCUGUGUGUGUGUGCUCAGCAGGAAGGCUGCAAGAAGAGGCUGACCUGCCUGCAGGACCCUUCCCCACCCGCCCCCUCCACACCCUCCUCGGCCCCUCCCUACCUCAGCCUGUAAAUUAUUUUAAAUUAUAAGGACUGCAUGGUAAUUUAUCGUUUAUACAAUUUUAAAAAGCCAUUAUUUAUUAAAUUUUCAAAGCAU